AUGGGCUCUGUUCCGACCGAAAUCACCGGCAGACUGGCCGGCAAGAACGCCGUCGUCACCGGCGCUGCUGGAGGCAUUGGUCUCGAGACCAGCAUUCUCUUCGCGAAGGAGGGCGCCAGCGUCAUGAUGGCCGACAUUUCCGCUCCUGCGCUCGACAAGGCCAAGGCCAAGGUUAUCCAGCUCGUCCCCACGGCCAAGGUCGACACCAAGGUCUGCGAUGUUUCCAAGGAGGACCAAGUCAAGGCCCUCGUCGAGUCGGUCGACCCCUGGGGCGGUGUGGACGUCAUGUUCAACAACGCCGGCAUCAUGCACGCCCGCGACGACGAUGCCGUCAACACUCCCGAGGAGAUCUGGGACCUGACCCAGAACAUCAACGUCAAGGGUGUUUGGUUCGGUAGCAAGCACGCCGUUCUUGCUCUCCGCCGCGCCGGCAAGAAGAAGGGCUCCAUCAUCAACACCGCCUCCGUUGUCGCCCUCGUCGGCGCUGCUACUCCCCAGCUUGCCUACACCGCCUCCAAGGGUGCCGUCCUUGCCCUGACCCGCGAGCUCGCCAUGGUCCACGCCCGCGAGGGUUACCGCUUCAACUCCCUGUGCCCUGCACCUCUCAACACUCCCCUUCUCCAGGACUGGCUCGGCGACGACAUCCCCAAGCGCAUGCGUCGCGAGGUUCACUUCCCCACUGGUCGCUUCGGCGAGGCCAUUGAGCAGGCCCAGGCCGUCCUCUUCCUCGCCUCCGAUGAGGCCAGCUUCGUUAACGGCCACGACAUGGUUGUUGAUGGUGGCAUGACCAAGGCCUACGUUACCCCCGAGGGUCCCGCGUUGGCUGCGCCGGCGAACAACGCCAGCCUCAACAGCCUCCAGUAA